AUGGCGGAAGAACAUCGUUGCCAAGCUCCGCGUCUCUGUGCGAACAACUGCGGUUUCUUCGGGAGUCCGGCUAUGCAGGAUCUCUGUUCUAAAUGUUACCGUGAUUUGCAGGUCAAGGAACAGCGAUCUUCGUCGGCGAAACUGGUUCUCAAUCAAACGCUAAUUCCUCCUCAAGCGGUGGUUUCGGUGGUUUCUCAGGAGGUUGUUGUUGUUCAACCUUCUUCUCAGGAGGCGGUUGAGUCUUUGCCGGCGGCGGUGGUGGAGACUGUUGUUGGAACAUCGGGGCAGGCGAAUCCGAAUCCGAAUCCGAAUCGGUGUGGUUGUUGUAGGCGGCGCGUGGGGCUGACGGGAUUCAAGUGCAGGUGUGGGUUGACGCUGUGUGGGUCCCAUAGGUAUCCGGAGCAACACGGGUGUGGGUUCGAUUUUAAGGGGAUGGGGAGAGAGCAGAUCAAGAAGGCGAAUCCGGUCGUGAAGGGAGAGAAGUUGAACAAGAUCUGA